GUACCUCUAACAUUUCUCUUCCACCAACCCUAAAUCUAAAAAAAUGAGUUCCCCGAACAGAGAUGCGUUGGCGUUCACAGCGGCCAGAGGGUGGAGCUUUCUAUAAUCGCCCCCGUCACACCUCUCCCCCACCGGCAGCAGAGAAAAAAAGGAAUGAGAAAAGCUUAAAACCUAUCUCAUCAGCUGAUUCAACUCUCUGUGACCAGGCGGCACAGUACGACAUCAAUCAGCGGAAUUCUAUUCGACCGUCACCAUUACUCCGUUCGGUGGGCAUCGGAUCCAGCCACAUUCCUUGCAUCUAGCCACUGCCAGGAAAAAAGAAAGAACGAAACUAUGCUGCAUUUAUGUUUCUCUUUCAGAUUUGACCUCGUAUUGGGUGGGGCAGCGUCCCAUGCAUGUCCGACUCUUCUCAGCAGGCCCUCGUUUUCUAACAAGAUUUAGUCUAUCUGUUACAUAAUUAAUAAUGGAUUGCUCCAACAAUGGAAAUACUGCAAAACCACCUGCUGAAAGUGCCAUCGUGCCUAAAAUUGAGGCUCUUGAUUAUGAUUUGCCAGUGGAGAACAUGUUUUCACAACAUAUGGGGGGCGAUGUUGCCAGUUCAUCUGGAAGCAAUGUGAGGUCAUCCUUGCUUGCAAUGGGCUUUUCACCUUCACUUGUUGACAGAGCAAUUGAAGAAAAUGGUGAUGGCAACAUGGACUUGUUACUGGAGACGCUUUUUGCAUAUCCGGUUAGUGAGGCUCUUCAUAGGUCAGACUCAUCAGAUUCAUUGGAUAGCUUGUUUGGUGAUGCAAGCGAUCCAAUCAACAUUGUGCCUCUGGACACAGAAUUACAUGUAAAAGAGGAGCUUGAUACAUGUGAAGUGAGAGAUGAAAAGAAAGAAUCCUUGUUAGCAAUGGAUUUUGCUUUAGAGGAAGUAAAUCAUGCAAUGAGAAAGCUUGGCAGAGAAGCUCCUGUCACUGAACUUGUGGACUUCAUACUUGCCGCUCGGAUUGCUGGAUCUUUUGAAAGAGAAGAUGAUGCCAAAGAAGUUGACCAGGAGGGCAUCACUGAGGUAUUGUUUGGGACGAUGGAGAAGACCCUUAGGUUGAGUGAAAUGGGGUUCUCUGAGAAUGAUAUUUCAAUUGCUAUUGAAAAGUAUGGUUCAGAAACCCCUCUUGAAGCUCUUGCAGAAUCAAUUGUAUCUCAUAAAAAUCCUAGUAUCAUCAUUAAAAAGGAAAAGCAGUACAUCUCAACCUCCUUUGGCAUGAAUGACUCAAGUGUUCGAAGCAGAUGCAGUCCAUCAGGCAGUGCAAUGCGUGGAGGCUUCAAUGGUCAUUAUUUUGACCCACUAGCCGUCAAAAGAGAGGAUCCUACUCCAGAUGCCUAUUACGAGUCCACACGUUUGGACUUUCUGCAGAAGUUCAGAGGGAAACGCCCCCAAGAAGAAUAUAUUAAUAAUAAUGAAACAAACUAUUUGAAAAAGCCAAAACAAGAGUAUGAAGGACAGGAGUGGGAGGAAACUAACUUGCGUCAUUUCCCACCGUUUACUGGACCUAGCACUCUAUCAGCUUCUAAAAGAAGGGUUCCCCAUAAACCGAGAUUAAUGAUGGAUAAUAGUGUUGCUGCAACACCACGGAUGUCCAUGCCUAACUCAUGCAGGAGCCUUGAUAGAAUGGUGGCUAAACCUCCCUAUUUCUUUUACGGAACCAUCAUGAAUUUAUCUCAUGAUACUUGGGUCAAAAUAUCACAGUUUUUGUAUGCAGUUGAACCGGAGUUUGUCAACACCCAGUCAUUCUCAGCCCUCAGUCGGAGGGAAGGAUAUUUGCACAAUCUUCCCACAGGACAGAGAUCUCGCAUCCUUCCAAAACCACCAAUGACCAUCCAGGAAGUGAUGCCCCACACCUCAAAAUGGUGGCCUUCAUGGGAUACGAGGAAGCAUCUCAACUACAUUAAUGCAGAGACAUGUGGGGUAUCUCAAGCCCGUGAAAAGAUUGAAAGAAUAUUAUCCGAGUCUAGAGGGCUUCUCUCAGCAGAGAGACAGAAAGACAUCAUCCGUCAGUGCGAGACAUUGAAUCUUGUUUGGGUUGGGAGAAACAGACUGUCCUCGAUAGAGGCAGAGACCAUAGAGAGCAUUCUUGGAUAUCCAACAAACCACACCCGAACUGCAGGUUCCACAUUGGCAGACAGGCUCCAGCUCUUGAAAAACUGCUUUCAGACGGACACAUUGGCAUAUCAUCUGUCCACCUUGAAAUCAGGGUAUCCAGAGGGAUUGAGAGUCCUGUCCGUCUACAACGGGAUUGGAGGGGCUGAAGUUGCUUUGCAUCGGCUUGGGGUUCAGCUGAAAGUGGUGGUGGCUGUGGAAACUUGUGAGACAAAACGAAGGAUUCUUAAACAGUGGUGGGAGAAUUCAGGGCAGAAAGGGGAGUUGGUGCAGAUGGAAGAUGUGCAGAAGCUGGCCAGUAACAGGCUUGAGGUCUUGGUUAAAAAGUAUGGAGGGUUCGAUUUCAUAAUAUGCCAGAAUCCUUGCACUUACGCUCAAAAAGCUGACGUGGCUGCUGACAUUGAUGGGCCUGCAGGUUUGGAUUUCACAAUGUUCUAUGAGUUUGUACGUGUCGUGCAACGAGUAAGGAGUAAGAUGGACAGGAGCUGACCCGCUUAGCUUCUUCCAAUGGCGUAAAAAACUAACAAUGGCUUGUGUACUCAUUAUUAGCUUGUAUUGUGUCUUUACUCUUGUGCUAUGUGUAAUGUAUGAUCUUCUGUCAAAGUGUUGAUUAUUUUAAAUGCUAAAUUGAAUUGAAUGAACAUUUUGCAUUUUUGCAUGCAAUAAUAAGGUGAAGAUAGCCUA